UUACCGGCCUUAUCUUUUUGGCAUCAUGUUACCUCUCGCGGUGCCUAUAGCGGCGGUCACUUCAUUUGCCGGUCCAUUUGAGUCCGGAGUUGACACUGUUGUUGGUCUCUUGGGAUGUCUCACAAGCAUAGCUCUUCACUACUGGGCGAUUAAGCGAAUGAUUAAUAUCGUAAGAGGACGCGUUCCAGUUAAAAGUAUAUCGAAAAAGGAUUCGGCGAUUAUGUUGGUUUCCUUUGUGUUCUGGAUUCUGGAUGGUUUUCUUGGAGGGGACGGCUACAUUCUCUUAGCAAACAUUGUCGGUGCUUGUGUUGCAGUUGCUGAGCUAGUCUUGGCAAACAAGAUGUCUGAUUUGGUUAAAAAACCGUAGAAUUUAGAGGCAUGUAUUUGUACUCUGAACUUUGAUGUUUGAUUUGGUUUAGGUUUUAGCAAUAUCAAAUGAAAUUUGGCUAUCCGUAUGUGAUGUUUAGCAAUAUC